UAUAAACAUAUCAUUCGCGUUCGUAGCUCGAUAACACUUAAAAAAAAGUCUUGUGAAGCCUCGAUAAAGCGCCACGUGUAAAGAACUGCUCCUGUUUUAAAGGCUCGUUUCCACAGAGUUAGAAUGAAAAGAAGAAAAAAAAGGGCAAAAAAUAGUGGAAAUGAGAGAUUGCAAAAGCUUAAGAUCAACACGUGAUCUGGUUUUUUUCCCCAGGAUUUUCUAAACAUUUGGAUCUCGAAUUUCACAUACUCGAGUGUGACUCAAGUUUUAUGGACGGUCGGGCCACCCUUACGGUUGGGCCAGUAUCGUGUUUAAAGCCCUUUCAUAUUAGCGCCAUCUACCAUUGUAUGCAAAUACUUACUAGCGAUGGUAAUAAACUUUUCACGAUACUUUUAGCAAGUCUUAGUGAAAUGCUGCAAUUUGUACAGACUUGUUUUGUAAAAGUGCGCUAAAGAUUAAAAGGAAAACUGGUUUGUGGUAUCCGAAAAAGUUAAUUCAACAAAAGAAGAAAAUGCAAACAAUAAAAAACAAUAGAUGUCUUUUGAGAAAAGAAAAAUCGUCCUCGAAUGAUGAAUGGAAAAAGGAUAUUAAGAGUGAAAGUUCGGAAAAUUUGUCGAUAGAAACAUUGGACAGAAAAGAAAGUCCCAUCAAUCCAUACAAUCGAGUUGAGUAUCCUCCAGACCAAUGGUUACCAGUCAAUGAAAAUACAGAUGUUGCGAUCUCCAGCUUGGAACAUGAAUUCAUUCUCAAGACACACAUGAAAACAUGUUCGAAAGAAUCGCUAAAAACAGAAAAUUUCCUUUCCUCUUGCAGGACAGAUGAAGCAUGCUCUAGCGAGGAUAUGUUUCAAAAACAAAUUUACAAAAAAAUAGAAAACAGAGUUAAAAAAGCUGUUAAGAAGCAUAAAGUCUUUUUAAUACGUGGAGAACUACCAAAAUUGAGAGAAGCUUUAGAAAAUAGAGGAUGGAUACAGAAGUAUGAGAGCAUCAAAACAAGAUCACUUCCAUAUGGUCAAAGUCAACCAUGCUUGGAGAGUAAAUCUCUAGGGGAUAUUCAACAAUCCGAUGGUACAUUGAAUGAAAAAGCAUUAAUUUUCUCUAUGUUAUGUCACAUAGAUCCAGACUUCAUUUGGGAUUGCCGCAAUAAUUUUACUGAAUGGGACAACAGUAUAAAAAGCAGUACACUUUUGAAUAGAUUACAGAAUUCAAUUGCUUAUACAUCAAAACUGGGAAUGGCGAACAUUUUACAAGACUCUCAGUGGUUAUACGAGAAGGACGUAGCAGAUGUCAACUUUCCACGUAGCUACAACCUUUCCAGAGAGCUGACCGACUUCAUAAAAGAUUUUCGUCAAACAGCCGCAGCGGGAUUUCUGAGAUGGUUCGUGGAGAUGUUUAAAGAUGAAGAGAUGGACAAAGAUUGGGAUACACUUGCCGUGAACAUUGGUCAAGUGGAAUUUGCACGAAAACGCUGUGAAGAAUAUAUAGCCGAAUUGAAACAGGAGAAUAUCGAUAAUUCUGAUUUAGAUAUAUCUGAAGACGAUUGGAAUUGCUUUUGUGACGAUUACAACUCUCUCCAGCAUAAAGUGGCCGAGAUUUCCAACAGUAGAAGUAGUAGUAGCAGCAGCAGCAGCAGCACGAGCAUUCAAUCUCGAUUCAAGGAGGUGUACACGCAAGCUGUUUCUGUAUUGGAACAAUUGAAGGAAAUCGAUUGUCAGUAUAAUUUAAAUGGAACAAGAAAUAUAUGGAUUUUAAAGCCAAAUCAUUUAUGUUGUGGAGUUGGAAUCAGUAUUUCGCACAAUUUACAAGAAAUUCAACACCGUGUUGAAACAAAGCCAAAAGAUUAUUUUAUCAUUCAAAAAUAUAUUGAGGAUCCAUUGUUGGUAAAAGGGACGAAAUUCGAUAUUAGACUAUGGUAUCUCGUGACGUCGAGUUUUCCACUCUCGAUAUGGAUUUUCAAGGAAGCUCUUCUUCGAUUUAGUUCAAAACCCUAUAGCUUUUCUUCAUACCAUGAAGUGAUUCACAUCUGCAACACUGCCAUUCAAGAGAGAUAUGACUACGAGAGACGAAGAAGAAGGAAAAGAGGUGAUGUCGUCGAAACCACAGAGACUGUUCGAGAUCAAGGAUGGGAUUGCGAGAAGCUCAACGAAUGUUUGAAAGAAAUGGGUUAUGAUGGAGAGCCUUUCUACGAUACGAUAUAUCCAAGAAUGUCACAAGCAAUCGUGAUGACAAUGUUAGCUGCCCAAGAAUCAAUGGAUAAACGUCGUUGUAGCUUCGAAUUAUAUGGUGCUGAUUUUAUGGUUAUGGAAGAUCUCUCCGUUUGGCUCAUUGAAAUUAACACCAAUCCCCGAAUGCAUCCACCGAGUUCGAAAAUCACUCAACGACUUUACAACUCUGUUUUGGACAGCCUUGUCAAAGUAAUCCUGGAUCUACCUUUGAACCCAAGUGCCGACACGGGAGGAUUUGCUUUAGCGUAUAAGCAAACUAUACCAGAGUUGAGGCCAUAUCUCGGGCCAUGUUUGUUUGCCGUGGGCAAGUCGAUGAAGUUACAUGAGUGUCCUGAGAAGAAACAGGAUGAUAGUCGGGCAAUCAUUUGUAAUUCUUGGAGCAAGGAAAAUCGUGCUCGGACCGCCCCGCCAAGUGUCUCUCGCUUGAGGGAUCCUCAGGUCGUUGACUUUAUCGACUAUUUAAACUCUGAAGGCUGAGCUGCUAUAUGACUUCAAUAUCUUCAAAUAUCAAAAAUGUUUCUACUAGAUCAAAAAUAUUAUUAGAAAAAAAUCGAAGCAUAUAAAUUUAUACAAAAAAAUAUAAUUUUAUAAAAAUUGGAAAAAUAAUUAUUAUUUUCAAUAAAAGUUAAUCAAGGUUCAAGCAAUAAAGAUAUAAAUAGCUUGUAAUAAAAUGGUAGCGCGUUUUAAUUCGAAAAAUCUAAAAAGCAUUUUGUAAUACAAAAACAAUAAAAGG